AUGGAGAACAGUGAAGAACUGGAGCAAAACUGCGUUGAAACAGCCAAUUCAUUGCUCGCGCUCAUCAAAGUUCCACUUCAACUUACAUCUAUUCAGGACUUUGUACCGUCGCUAUGGGUCGCACUCUAUGAAGGAAUAUUACAGACUCGUAUUCCAGACAUUAUAAGAGAUCCGCUGCUCGCUACUCAACCGCAAACUCGGACAUCAAACGUAUCAGCUGUAAUCGCCCAACUCUCCGAGCUGAUCAAGACCCCGCUCGACCAUAUCAGACCGCAGGAUGUUAUCGAGUGCCAGCCACAGGACGUGUAUAAUCUAUUAGAGAUAUUAGACGGGGUUGCUUCUGUGGUGUUAUCCAGUAACUCGUCAGGUGCCACUGGGACGACGGGUGAGAGCAGUAAAGUAACCACCUCCUCGGGCGAUGCCAGUAACCCAUUAGAGAUCGCUACUGCCGAAUACUAUGGUGACAAUAGUGCUGCUUCGAACGCGGAAGACUUGCACGACGGAUUUGAGGUAUCGGGCAUUGAACCAAACAUUACCCAAAUCAGUAUGGAUAGUAUUAGUCAACUAGGUCAGGCUGCUACUACAUCUGCAGCCCCGACGGCGUCUAGGCAACCAAACCCACCUGUACAGCCUCGGCCGGUGCAAUCGAGACCUCAUCGGGACAGGAAACGAAGACGAAACAAUAAUGAAGGGCUGCUGCUAGAAGUUAAUGACGAUGUAGAAGAGUUUGCACGUAUGCGCGAGGCUGGGAUAGCACCACAGCCGGAAAUCAUGGAUGAAGGUGAUGAUGAUGAACAGCAACAGCUAGCAGCAGAUCAACGUAACACGACAUCGUCACCAUCAAAGAAACGGAUACGAUUCAAUCUGACUGCUGGCAAUAGUAAUACUCAGGCACAACAGCAGCAGCCACCUCCACCACGGGCCACCAUUCCAGUCUUGUUACGACCGUCUGCAUCAGAUACACCGUAUACUCGAGCACUAAAAACUCGACGAGCUCAACUGAUGCAACAGCAACAUGCCAUCAAAACACCAUUUACAACCGUAAAAACGAGUAAAGCUGGUAGCACUGGCAGUUCCAGUGGUGUCUCGCGGCCUAGUAACAACAGAAAACCAGGUUCGACAUCUAGCAGAGCAAGUGCAGCCAGUAAAGCGUCCAGCAGCAGUAGUAGCACUCGGCCAUCUAUACCAACAGCCAUUCCACCUGCUGCAGAGACCAGCCCAAUGGAUAAUACAGAACAAGAGGAGGUGGACGAUGAUACAGAAGCCAUGCCUGAAAAGACACUAGCACAAUUUGAACGUAUAGUGUCACAGGCUCUGCCUGGAGUUGAAUUGGGCUCAACUAUUCGUAAUUCGACGUGGAACAAGCAGCUCAAGACUUGGCAAAAGGCUCUUGAUGAUAGGAACUGGAAUCGGCGUGUAGAGCUGCACAAGGCAACAGUGGCAGUAGGAAGUCAAACUCCUGUUGAGGUCAUGAGACGUGAGAUUGAGCAGACCAUUGAACAGCAACAACGACGACAACAAGAAACAGUUGCUAGAAUGGCCCGCACCGACCUUCUUGAACGUGCACGACGAGUGACGAAAAUGGAAGUGCGACAAGCUCAAAUUGAAAAGGAGGUCGAGAGCUUCAAGAUUAAGAAGAAGAUGCGCGAAGAGCAGAUUGUCAAGACACUCUACGACGAUUAUUUACGAGCUCAACGAAGUGCAAUCAUCGAAACACGAGCUCUUGAACGUGAAAAGACGAGAAACAUGCAAGGAGAAGCCAAGAAACGACAAGUCGCUCGUGAAUCCUACUUUCGAGAUCAGAUUACGCUGCUUCAGGAGGGUAUCAAGGAAGCUCAGAAGGAUGAGGCGAUUGCUGUUAAGGCUCAGAUUGAGGAAUUACGCAAAGUUGCACGUGAUGAAAAGGAAGCAGCCAAGAAGCAAAUACGUCUAGUGCGAGAGAAGUUGGCUGUUGAUGCUCAAGAUGUUGAGUUGACGAAUCUUGACGCGAAAAUUGCAAAGAGUCGGAUUCGAUUCGUGUAG